AUGCCUGCUGAUCAAAAGGCAGCCUUGGAGAAACUGUCCGACCAGCCGCUUGACCAGGAGCAGGAGGGUAUCGUGAACAACUCAGAUGAAUGGGUCGACUUUGGUGGAAUAGUUGAUGGGUCUGAGGAGAUAUCGGUGAGCCACGCCGGUGGCGAGUUUCAAGAACUUGCACGUCAGUUCUAUGAGGAUUUGAGAAAAAGUGUCUCAGACCGGGCUGGAAAACGCGUGGAUUACCGCACACGCCGGGACCGUGGACUUCGUCGCGACCAGACGUUUCUUCGUCAGCUGCCAGCGAUGGUCGACGCAUACCUCGAAUGGUCGUAUCGGCGUGAUCGUUCAGGUCGCGGCAGUGACACGCCGGUGGGAGAGAAGGCGGAGGAGUCCGUUGGCGUACAGAUGCGUGUGAUAGACGUCUUUGACGCCCGUACAAUCUUUGUAACGGAAGCUCCCACCGACAAAAAUAUCUUGGCCACACUCGUGAGACAUGGUCUAGUGCCGUGUUCCCCUUGCUCUCCAAAUGUUUCAAUUACCAUUGAUGCCCUCGAACUCCUGCGAAUAUCUCGUGUCCGCUGUCCUCACUACUCCAUCCAAGCAUUCACCAAGACGCUUUGUGAUCUGCACGGGGUCGCCUACCAGCGGUACCUCACCCGCCAAGUAACCAUUGCAUUCGACGUCUACCAGCAAGUCCUACACGAGGUGCGCCAACGCGUCAACCGCGUCUUGGAACGUGACAAGCCCGACUGGAGACUCAAACAUGUGUGUCCGGCAUGCACAUAUAAUCUUCAAGACGAGAAAAAGCUACGUUUCGACAUUCUCUAUACAAUGGAUGGCAACGAUUCGCUUAAACGAAUCUAUCGCCGCUCGAGCGGCGAAGACAAUGGUGCUGAUGCCGACAUAUGUCCAUCUGCUGCAAAUGACCUCCCCACCGCGUUUCAACUACACGAUGAUCGGUAUAUCCCCCGAGAGAUUGUGGAUAAGUGGGCGGUACGCAAUGGGAGAGAUCUUGUGACUGAUGAAUCAGCGGAAGUUGACGAGAACAAUCCGUGCGCGAGUCGCUGGAAGAACAUGAAGGAUGAUAAAACUAAGCGCAUGUGGGGCAUCUUCGAUGAGACGGGCCUCUUUGGAUCUGUCUGUCGUCAUGGGUUCUCACUCGUGAUCGCAGACAUGGUUAGAAGCGGCGAACUGGCCAAGUACCCGCUGGCAGUCGUUGAGAAAAUGCUUCACGUAUACAAGUGUCACCACGGCUGUGGAUACGAUAUCGGAUGCCGCUUCAAGACGAUCCUGGCGAAGAGCGGGCUGGGCAAGAUCGCAAAGGAGCUCAACCACACGUGCCUGGUUGGCGCUUUCCAUGGGCAUGCACACCGCCGCCUCUGCCAGGUCAUUCACCUUGCAACGUAUGUGAAGGGCCUCGGUAUUGAGGACCUCGAGGGCUGCGAGCGCCUCUGGUCGAAGUUGAAUGCGUUGGCGGCGUCCGUUCGCUACGCGUCGCCGUUCCAUCGCCAGCAGGCAAUCGUCGCCUUUCUUGCCCAUCACGACACGUACGAAAUGUACGCAAACCUCACAUUAUUCCUGCUGAAUAAUUAUAAGCAGGCCCUGAACACUAUCAAGACCAGCCGGGCAACAGUCACGAACCUCAUGUCCGACCUCAACGUGACUGACACUGCCGAGUUUGAGCGAUGGCUGGAGGAUGAGAAGGUUUAUCUUGAAGCACUCCAGCAAGAACCGGUGGAGGAGAGUCUCAGGAUGGAGUAUUGGCAACGGGCUGUUAAUCUCAAGGCUUACGAACAAGAGCUGGCAGCGACGCGUGAUACGUGGCACACACACACACCACAGAUGGCGCCCGGCACCAAUAAUGACACAUCGAAGGCCCUCAAGACGGCACACCGCCACGCACUGCAAAAGUACGAGAAGGAGCGUGAGCUUGUACACGACCUCGAGAAGCGUCUCGGGAUUUCGGAGACGUGGACACCGGACUCGCCUGAGUGGCAGGAAACAGGGCGGCUGGUUGGACGUCGGAAGUAUCAGCGUGCUCUCGACACACUCGAGGGUCUCAUUGUCGCACGUGUCUUUGAGUUAGGGAAGAUGAACCGAUCUCAAACAGGGUAUGCACUUCGUCAGCACAUCGGUAAAGCGCUGAAAGUGCGCUCGGCCGCCAUCCGGACGGCCCUGGAUCGCUUCAACGCAGCGGCAAGGGCAUUGGGCCAGCCAACCGUGAAGUGGGAGGAUGUAACCCAGUACCGGUUCCUCGCCGACAUCGACCUGCUCCGACGCGGCCGCCAAGACGUCUCCAAGCGUGCCUGGUCGACACCGGCCGCGCGCUAUCUCAUGGAUGAAUCCUUCAAGAUCUUACGCGCUGAGGAGGAGAUCGACCGCCUCAACGUGGAGGUGCGACGUGUCGCAACGUACCUGCGGGACGAGAUGGAGUACCUACACGGGUGCGAGGAACGUGCCCGGCCUACCCACCCCUUCCUUGCCCACCAGAUCGCCCUCCUUCGCGGGGAACGGGACCGGUUUACCCAGCAGCACGCUGAUCGCCUGCAUCAGAUCGCCAACCUCGAGGGGUUCACCGGCACCAUCGAGCCCGGCACGUCUGUACACCGGGAGCUUGGAGAGAGCGCCGGCCCCAUCCCCUAUCUCACGGGCUUCGGCCAGUUCGGGACUGCCAAGGAGGCUAUACCACCCGAGGACAUUAGUGAGGGAGUGCCGAAUGCUGCCGCUGAGGACGACGACGUCGACGUCGACGACGACGGCGAGGAUGAGCAGGAGCGCGAGGACACCGUCCUCACUGCUGUCAUGUCAAUUCUAGGUGUAUCAGACGAUGCUGACGAGAUCUAAUGUACUAUAUUAAUGUAGCCUUAGUGUUGUAGCAUACUAAUACUAUUCUUAUUGUUAUUUAAGUUGUUAUACACCC